AUGUCAUGCGGAGACUUACACCAUGCCAUACUUGCGCUUUCAAGCUGUUACGCAUGCCGUGGAACUGCAUUCUUUAAGGUGAAAUUGACGACGAUAAGCCUCACGGUUGAGAGAUGCCUCCAAUGUCUUCAUGUUCACUCCACCUCGCUUGGAUAUCCUAGCUUCGAAAUCAUUUUAACUUCCCCAAACUAUGUUUCUCCUUCUGGCCGACAAGUCGAUACUGUGGCCCACUCUUGGCAAUCAAUAACCAAGUGUCUGCGUUUCCCAUGA